CAGCAGUCGGCCACGGCGUCGUCGUCUCGUAUGAACGCGCCCGGGCACGGCUUCAAGCGGGUCACCCUCACCAAGCCCACCUUCUGCCACCACUGCUCCGACUUCAUCUGGGGGUUGGCCGGGUACCUCUGCGAAGUUUGCAACUUUAUGUCUCAUGAGAAGUGCCUGAAGCACGUGAAGAUACCAUGUUCAUGUGUUGCUCCAAGUCUUGUAAGGGGUACAGAAUGAAAAGGAGAAGAAACAGUUUCUUUGUGGCAAUUAAUAUGACUAGAUUCAUAGAACUGGAAGUAAGCACAAGGACCAUCUUAUCCAACCCUGCCAUGCUGCAAUACACAACUAAAGAAUCUUUAAAGUUCUCACCCAACGUCUGGUUAAAGACCUCUAAAGAUGGAGAGAUCACCAUCUUCUGUGACAAUCUAGUCCACCCUCAACAAGGGAGAUUCUAUAACAAGGUCCCAGUUGCACAUUGCUUAGGACCUCCAGGACAUUAUAAGAGAAAAUUCUGUGCUGUGUGUAGGAAGCCAUUAGAAUCUCUGGCAUUUCGCUGUGAAGUGUGUGAGUUCCAUGUACAUACAGAUUGUGCCCCAUUUGCUUGCAGCGACUGCCGUCAGUGCCAUCAAGAUCAUCAGGAUCAUGAUACGUACCAUCAUCACUGGAGAGAGGGAAAUCUUCCCUCAGGUGCACGUUGCAAAGUCUGCAAGAAAACAUGUGGCUCUUCGGAGAUGCUGUCGGGUAUGAGAUGUGAAUGGUGUGGUGUCCUGGCUCAUGCUGCUUGCUAUGUGAUUGUACCUCCAGAAUGUACAUUUGGAAGACUAAGAAGUAUGAUUCUUCCUCCAAACUGUGUGCGCUUAUUUUCUCGCAACUUCAGUAAAAUGCACUGUUUUCGGAUAUCAGAAAGCUUACAAGCAGAAACAGAUGAUGAUGACGAUGUUGACAGUUCGACACAGUUGUCACAGAAGGAAUCACAGGCUUCAACAGACUCAAGUAAGCAGAUAUUAAAAAUAUAUGAUGGGAAUGAUGCAGUAAAACGCAACCAGUAUCGGCUUAUUACAGUUCCAAGGAUUGCAAAAAAUGAAGAAGUUGUGGAGGCUGCCCUGAGGGCUUACUACAUCAAUGAUGAUCCACAAGAUUAUGAACUCCAGACGUUCACUCAGCAGGCCUUGUUUUGUGAUGACAUAAUUAAUAGGAAUGAUACUACAGAAGAGACUCAAUCUGGAUCUGUAUUCCGAGAAGCUAUUCCUGAAGCUUGGAUCAUCAGAGCCAAACCCAGGGACAAUGAAGUCAUAAAAAUUUUCCCUGGUUGGCUGAAGGUUGGGAUGGCUUUCAUGUCAAUACGGAUAAAUACAGAAAGCACUACUCAGACAGUAAUUAAAGAAGUUCUCCCCCUGCUUGGGUACCAGUUGGAAAACUUCCAGAAUUUCAGCUUGGUCGAGGUACUUAUGGGUUCUAAGCAAGUUCAGCGGAUGGUGCUGGAUGAUCUUGAACUGAUUCUUGGCAGAUUCCAAGACAUUAGAAAGACUUCGCUACGUCAGAUGAAUCAAACAAGGUUUUACAUUGUAGAAAAAAAUAUGUCAGUUGCACGAGUCUAUUUGUUUAUUGGUGGUCUGCCAUCUCAUCUCUCUAAUGAAGAAUAUAUGAACAUCCUCAAAGACGAACUGGCCAUAAAAACAAAUGUAGUUUCAGUGAGUCAUGUAUAUUCUUCACAAGGUGCUGUUGUUCUAGAAAUUUCAUGUUUUGCCGAAGCUGAAAGGCUGUAUAUGCUUGCUAAGGACACCACUGUUAAUGAUAAGCCGUUGUCUUCAGUGGUCAUCCCUGAAGUUCUGCCAGCCAAGAUUCCACAGAACUGCUAUCCAUUGCUUGUAUUUGUGAAUCCAAAGAGCGGGGGACUUAAAGGUCGGGAUCUGCUAUACAGUUUUAGGAAACUGUUGAAUCCUCAUCAAGUCUUUGAACUGACGAAUGGCGGUCCACUUCCUGGAUUACAUACGUUCUCCCAGAUUCCGUAUUUCCGAAUACUUGUGUGCGGUGGUGAUGGCACUGUGGGUUGGGUUCUUGGUGCACUAGAAGAGAUCAGGCACAAGCUUGUCUGUUCAGAACCAUCUGUUGCCAUUUUACCUUUAGGAACAGGUAAUGACUUGGGACGGGUGCUGCGCUGGGGUGCUGGAUAUAGCGGUGAAGAUCCAUACUCCAUUCUUAUAUCUGUGGAUGAGGCCGUUGAUGUACUUAUGGAUCGUUGGACAAUCCUUUUAGAUGCUCAGGAGCCUAUUGAAAGUUCAGAAAAUGGUGUUUUAGAGCCUGAGCCUCCUAAGAUUGUGCAGAUGAACAAUUACUGUGGUCUUGGAAUUGAUGCAGAACUUAGUCUAGGUUUUCACCAUGCCAGGGAAGAAGAACCUGACAAAUUCAAUAGCAGGUUUCACAACAAAGGUGUCUAUGUAAAGGUUGGAUUGCAGAAAAUGAGCCACACCAGAAAUCUUCAUAAAGAAAUAAAACUUCAAGUGGACCAGCAUCAAGUUGAGCUUCCAAAUAUCGAAGGCCUUAUCUUCAUUAAUAUUCCCAGUUGGGGAUCUGGUGCUGACCUUUGGGGAUCAGAUAAUGAUAACCGAUUUGAGAAACCAAGAAUUGAUGAUGGCUUGCUGGAGGUUGUUGGUGUCACUGGCGUAGUUCACAUGGGACAAGUCCAGGGAGGGCUACGUUCAGGCAUCCGGAUUGCCCAAGGCUCCUAUUUCCGCCUGACACUUCUGAAACCAAUUCCAGUUCAAGUAGAUGGAGAGCCCUGGAUUCAGCCUCCUGGCCAGAUAAUUAUAUCUGCAGCAGGACCAAAGGUUCACAUGUUAAAGAAAUCAAAACAGAAACAGAAAAAAACUGGAAAUGUAAAAGACUCAAGAAAUGAGAACAUGUCCCUCAAUGAAGUGGGGCGUUGACAGAGGAAGAUAUCCCCAGAAGAAAUGCAGCACAUCUACUGUAGACAAAGUGGGUCUGCCUGGUAAAGCUGUAUACAGUUCAGGUUAAGAAGCGUUGUUUUUGAGCCUACUGCUAUAUUCCGUUCUUUUGUACAGUGCCUAUCCGGUGGCUGACAUGAGAUACGUUUACGCAUCACAAAUUGGUCAGAGACAUUUGCUUUACAUUGCUUUUCCAUAGAAACAUUAACCAAUUUUUGCAUUGUGCAAAAAAGAAAAGAAUAAAUCAGUGAUCCCAUUGCACUGUGCUUUUUUAAUGCAAUUUUUCACCUAUUCCUCCUUGGGGAAUCACUUCUUUUAGGGCAGUACAUUUGUUAUCUCUCUUUAGAAAAUGCACAUGCUAAUGUUUCCUGUGUAGGGAUUAAGUUCGCCCAGCCUUCUCAAGAGGAAAAUAAAGGUAGAGAAGAGCUGAUAAUUAGUAACUUCAUGUUUCUUACGUUUUGUGCAAUAUUGUUGUAAAUGGCAUGGGGACUAAAUGAUUUAAUUCAUCUACCUGCACAGUUUGUCACAGUGUUCCUGGUACCGUCUAAUCAAAGUAGUCUCUUCUAAGGUGGCACAUAGAGAGAUGCCACAACCUGCUUCUCUCCAUGUUUGAAAUGCCUACAUUGCUUUCAUUCCUGGGACUGGGUGUGUUGUUGUCCUCACAGUGCUUUUGGGCAGGGUGUCCAUAGGGGUAGAUUUGCAUGCAUUGCAUCCCAGUAUUUAGUUUAUUAUUAUGGUUGCGAUUAUUAUCAGUACAUGUGUGUGCCACAAACACUUCCUUUUUCCACACUACUAAAUGCAGAUGUUGUGGUGGGAAGGUGGAAGAUCCUAUCAUCGUUUUAUCUAUUUUUUAUACUGCACAGAUUUUUUUUUAUAAACACUACAAGUUUCUGGAUUUCUAUUCAUGCUUCUGAUUUAAUUUCCUACAGUAUUUCCUUCUUGGAACAUACUCUCACUAGACUGUUGCUGGCAAACCAAAUGCCGAAACUAGGAUUUACCUCUUUUUAUCAUUAAUUGUGUUCACUGAGAAGAAGCAUGUUUUACUUUCUCUGAACUCAAGAAUAGUUCAACAUAGAAUAAUCUCAUCUAGUUUGUUUCUAAAAUCACAACUUCUGAUUUCUGAUUGUGUUCCACAUCUGGUUGGAGAGGAAAUAUUGUAAUGGUGGUACAGAUUUGGUAAAUGAGGGCGGAUGGGCUAGUACAUGGGAGAUCACUCAGAUUAGCUGUUAGUCUUAUAGUCGGUUAUGGUGAGAUAUUUUCGUGUUAGCUUGCAUGCUGGAAUUUAUUAGUGUUGCAAAUUCUAAAAAGAUCAUUCCUAUUAAUAACCUUACAAAAAACAUGCAGUAUUUAGGCUGUACAUAGAUGAUUCUGGCACUCCAUUCAGAUGAGGAGAGCCAACAUCUUUGAUUCUGUAUUUGGUUAAUUGCAGUUUGUUCUUCUAUCUGAAUGUGGGCAAAAUGUGGUUAAGCUUAACUGUGGUCUGUUGAAACAACAUUUAAUAUUAACAUAUUCUAAAAUGUUUAUAGUAUAUCAAAUACGCUGCUAGGCUGCAGUUAAUCAGAAACAGAAGUGGAGGUUUCUGUUCUCCCCAGUGCCAUAGUUGAGCAGAAUACAGAGUUUACUACACCUGCUUUAAUGGCAAGCGAUAGAUUAUCAUUACUUCCAAAUAGAUAAAAUAUAUUUAUGUUACACCACAGAACUAUGGAGGAAGAUGAAGCCGGUUAGCUGAAUUGUAUUUGAUAUAUUUUCCUAAAAUGGGAAGUGAUUUUGCAGAAUCCUAUUCAGCGUCACAGACUUGCUGAAAUUGUACAACAUUAUUAAAAACAUAAUUCCUAAUAGCCUGAAUAUAAGAACAGCAGCAGUAGCCCCAAAUGCAGUCAUCAACACUAAGGAAAGACAACUUUUAAAAAAGUACUAUAUGAUAACUAUGCUUAGCCUGCCUUUCUCCAACUACAACAGUGGUUUUGGCCUUCAACUCCCAGAAAUCCUAACAGCUGGUAAACUGGCUGGGAUUUCUGGGAGUUGCAGGACAAGACACCUGGGAACCCACUGGUUGAGAACCACUGACCUAGAAGCAGCCUGAGAACCUCCAUGGUUAUGUUUUCCCAGAUGUUCUUAGCCACUGGCUGUAAUCUUCAUUCAACCCCUUCAUAUUUGCAGGUUUAAUUUAUUCUGAUUUAAUUAUGCUUCGAUUUGAUUAAUUUGUUGUCUGUUGGAAUCUUUUGGUCAUCCAGCACGAUUAUAUAGUCAAUUUCUUGUGGAGGUCAAGCAUAGAGUCAUCCUGAAGGACCUAGAGAUUUCUAGAGAGAACACUUCGUUGGGAAUCUCUAAAUCCUACAAUGCAAUUUGUGAUUCUCUUCUGGAGAAAGUUGACCAUAUUGUUGCCCUGGAGAACUUAAGGAGUUCUUUCAGAUUUAAUAGUAGCUUUUUAAAAAUUUGUAGUUUUCCCACGUUUGCAGGGGUUCUGUGGCCCAAAGCCCCACAGAAGUGAAAGGCCUACUGAACUGUAAUAUCCUCUCUGAAAUGAUUAGAUGAUGGUAAUUUUUUCCUGAAAUGAUGGUGUGUGCAUACACGUAAUGGUAGAUACAUUUAAGUCAGAGAUGCACACCUUUUUUAGCCUUGAAUGCGACAUCCGUAUUGCAUUUGGACAUGCGCACACAUAUAUGGAUGAAAGGGAUGUCACUUACACUUGGCCUCCAUCCCAGGAGUCUUGUUCCAGAAUCCUAGGACCAGGAUUGGUCCUUUGGCACAGGAAUAGUAAUCACACUGACUUGUGUGUUGCGGAGAUGAUGAGACUGAUGAAGCCUCAUUCUUCUCCAUCCUCCAACUGCACUGGAGUUGCUUGGACAUGACCCCCAUUAUUGACAAAAAAACAAAAACCAUUCUUUCUUUAGGGGGGUUAUUUUAAGGGUAAACCACAGCUUAUUUCUUCAUGAGGAGCAGGUAUUUGUAGAGUAUACAAAGGGACUAAGUAGGUCAUGAGUUAUGCACCCCUGGUUUAAAUUGAAGGCUUCAGAAGAACAAUGUGGCUGGGAGGACAUGGUUAAACAACUCAUUUCUCCCUCUGCAGUGUAUUCAAGAGACUGCAGGUAAGCAGAGGAAGGAAUUGUGAUACACUCCUCAUUGAUAUUGCAGUCACCAUUCAGCCCGAGGCACUAGAACAGCCACAUGUCAAGCCAAAGGACUGUCUGGUUUACAGCAGGUAUGCCUCUUUUCAGCAGUCCUCUCAUUGGCUGUACAAUUGCUGCAAAUAUUUGCCGCACUGUCAGAGCACACAUUAGAGACUAUCAUUUUGCUGCUGUAGUCAUUACUGCAGGGUUCUCCUGGGACAGCAUCAACAUCUGGAAAGGACCUCUUGUGGACUCAGUCAAGACAUUUCUUACAAGCCCACUUCUUACAAGUAUUGCUUGUGGAAUCCUGCUAUGUUUUCUGAAAGACUCUUUUCACCCAUCUGCUGCUACACAUGCAGAAUUUGCAGUCUAGCACUUUCCCUUUUUUACAUGCCUUUAUGCAUCUGUCUUCCAAGUUGUUAGAGCAUAAUGCAGUGUAAGCAUACCUACACACUGUCCAUACGCAUAUUUUCUAAAUUUGGCCUUUUCUUUUAAUGUACAUAGAUGGAUAUUCAUAUCAUAGACUAUCCCUCAUGGACGAGUAUGAUUGUCUUCCAAGGGUAGUCUGUAAGUGACUUGUGGAGACCGGGUCUGUAAGUGACUUGUGGAGACCUAUUCUGGACCCGCAUAGGCUUUAACAAUGAGGACAUAGAUUUCUAGAUGGAAGGCAGUCCUGACAAGGGUUUGCUUGAUGUGCCCUCUUCUUGACACGUUUCUCUCUCUUGCUCUCUAUUUGUGCCUCUUCAAAAUCCAUGACAACGUUGGUAACAGCUGGCCUCUGGUUAGAAGCUCCAGGGUUUCCCAUUCUUGGACAUUAGACAUUUAGGGCCUUUAACCUUAGGCUCCCAGUCAGAAUAAGACCUGAGGCAUUGCCUUGCAUUGAAGGAACAGCCUAUUGUUUCUAUGAUCAAACUCUGGCCUGCUCGACUUACUCCUUUACUCACAAACUCUCUUUCCCAAAACAAAUCAAAACUGGGACACUAGGCUAUACUUGUGUUUCAGGAUUCCUUCCCUACUAGGCAAGAUCCAAAAAGUGAGGGCACUGAGGAAUGCAAGAAUGUGUUGACAUGUUAUUGUCUGCAUUGCCACUGUAUUCUUCACACGUAUCUUGAUUUGUACCCAAGUGAUAUUGUUACAGAAUAAUUUGACUGUGUUCAUUUUAAAACUGCAAUCUUUCUACUGUUUCAGCAUUUUUAAAUGCUUAUCUUAAGACACCCUCUACAUCCUAGUUUUAGGAUACAAACUCAUUGGCGAUCACUCAUGUCAGAGUAGGAUGGCCUUCCAAGAGUAGGGUCUUGGCGGUGGGUCCGUAGGUGACUGUGAAGACCGAUUCUUCACCCGCAUCUGCUUCCACAGUUAGGACAUCGGGUUCCAGAUGGAAGUCUUUGCCCUGGAGUGUGGUUGAGGCCCCUUCUUUGGAGGCUUUUAAGCAGAGGCUGGAUGGCCAUAUGUCAGGGGUGCUUUGAAUGUCAUUUUCCUGCUUCUUGGUAGGGGGUUGGACUGGAUGGCCCGUGAGGUUACUUCCAACUCUAGGAUUCUAUGAUUCUAUGGAAGGUGGUCCCAGUCAGGGUUGGCUUGACACACCUUCCUCUUGAUGCGUUUCUCCCUUUCGCCUUCCAUUCAUGCCUCUACAAAUUUCACAGCACUGUUGGUAACAGCUGACCUCUAGUUAUAGCGCUCAAGGGCCAGGGCUUCCCAGUUCUCAGUGUCUAUGUCACAGUUUUUAAGGUCAUCUGAUGAGCAUAGAGAGUGUAUGCCAUGAUUUCUUGGUCCAUAGAUGAUCUUUGAUGAUCUUAAAGAAUCCCCAUGCAUCAUGAACAUCAGCAAGGUGUUGGAUUUCUUGAGCCUUUUUUGACCAACAGAUAUUUUUGAAUUCUCUGGUCCUUCUUUGGACUUCAGCUUUUGCACUAGCAUAGAUGUUUUUCCGAUCCACAAUGGCCAUCAAGAUUGCCCCCAAAUGGAAGUUCCAAGGAAUUAUGAUAAGGUUUAAAAGGAACACCCAAGCCCUUCAAGAGCCUUCCAAAUAAGCUCUUCUCCAAACAAAACUCAAGGAUCAUCUAUCUACCCACAGAACACCCUGAAAAUAUUGAGGAACAUUGGAACAAACUGAAGACCUCCAUCAUCACAGCCUUCGAAGAAACCAUUGGAUAUCAGACUAGGAAACUAUCCAACCAUUAAUUGAUAAGAAAAGGAAAGCCUUCCAAACAUGGCAGAGAGACACCAACUGUGCUGCUAAGAUACAAACUAGAAUCUAAAGAAUAAGAAUAUAGUAUAACAAAUUCUAUUGCUAGCAAUACUGACUUGCUGAUUUGGGAUCUUGACUUUCAUAUGAGUUGCCGUGUUUAUCCUCUCCCAUUCUAUGUAAUAUAGUCAAACUCGAGCACCUUUAAAGCCUUCUAGUUUUUAGAUUUAAGCUCUUUCGCUUAACCACUGACAUUAAACAGGAAUUAGAAUGGUGUGGCUGUGUGACUCAUGCUUAUAAUUUCAGUUGCCUGGAUAUCAUUCUUACUGUCUGUGUCAACAUGGAAAAGGGGCAUACUGACAUAAUAACAGAAAGAACAUUUUCCUUAGUAUAAAUGUUUCACUGAAAAUAUUUUCGGCAUCAAAGGAGUCAUUGGUUUUUAGUGGAUGCCAAUAAUCAAAGUUAAGAACAGUGAAUGCCAUUCACUAAAGGGAAAAAAGUGAAGCAGAUGACUAAGCCUUUAUCUUGUUUCUGAAAAUUGUAAUAUUUAGGCCAACUUAAGUAUAUUGCUACAUUUAUUAAAGAUUUUUGUGCUUCCUAAAAUUAAGUUUACAUGGAUUGAUUAUGAUCAGGUUGAAGCUCAAGCACAUUUUUAUAGUUUUUGAUGAUUUUUAGGUGUAUCAACACAGCAUUUCAUAGGCUUUCAAUAAUUGACAGGUUAUUAGGAGGUAUUACCAAUACCUUGUUUUUAUUGUUUAAAAUAGUUUUGUACAUUUUUAUUAUAUGAGUGUUGAUGAUGAUUGGGCCAAAAGAGAAACAAUACUUCACACCAUCAUUCUUUUAUCUUUAGUUUGUGUACUUUGUGAAGGCACUGUGUUGGUGUGCCUGUGCAUUAAGAGUAAUAUUUAAAUUUGCACUACAACAAUCUUUCCUUUGUUAACUAUGUCUCGAGCCUUUCUUUUAGGUCAGUGGUUCUCAACCUGUGGGUCAGAUGUUUUGGCCUUCAACUCCCAGAAAUCCUGGCAGCUAGUAAACUGGCUGGGACUUCUGGGAAUUGUAAGCCAAAACACCUGGGGACCCACAAGUUGAGAACCACUGUUUUAGGUAGAAUUCAAAGACAUAAUUGUGUUAUGCAAAGGGACCUUUUUCAGAAUAACUGAACGUUUAGUUUUCAGUUACUCUCAAAGAUGCUGCAAGAUCCCUUUCUUUGAGAGUCCACGUAAAGAUGGGAAUGGAUUUUUUUUUUUGCCGGUUUCCCUUUUUUCCUUUGAAAAUCAAAGAAGUUUGCAGCUGGAAUUGUGUGAUCUCUGUUGGGCAACUGUUCUUGUACUAUGGCUAUUACUAUUAUUUUAAUGCUGACUGAUUAGCAGAUUGAUCUAGUGCAAGCCACUGGAUGCAGAUGACACAAAUGUAUAUUCUUUCACAAUUUCUUCUAACCAGGCAUCAAUUUAGACUAUGGAUAUGUAAACAAACUAUAGUUUGUAGGCGUGUUAUAGUUUAUAAAAGUCUUGGUCUUGAUGAAUAUAUAAUUUGCAGUUAUAGAUAAAAUCAGGGAAGGAGUGGUGGGAAGAAAUUACUUUUGAGGAAUGUAUUAGAUGAGGGCACUGGUUCUUAAUAUGCAUGCCAUGAUUUGCAUGGCACUAGUAUUAUGUCUUAGGCCUUUCUUUAUAUUAGGGUGAGGAUGUGAGUUCAUUCCUAGAUUAUGUUUUUUUAUGCAGUGACCAGGUAUAUAUUUUUCCAUAGGGAGUGAGUACUUUAUAAUGAAUUUGGAAAUGAAGUUGGUCAAUGUGUGUGUUAAAAAGUAAAUGUGUGAAUUCAUUUCCUUGUGUGUAAACUAGACAAGAGAUCAUCACUAGGGCAAUGUUUUCUCACUUAACAGAAUACUUGUGCCUUCAUAUACAAGCUUGGCUCAGCAGUGACAAAACCGUAAUACUGGAAUUGGUCUCUACAUAGGGAUCUUGAAGCUACUUUGAUAAUUGAUUUGAGAACAUAUAUUUUGAGUGUAGUUGUCAAAAAUCCACUUUUACAAAGAUCCACAUCCAUUGUUUACGUGAGCAUUUCACUUUGCACUUGUAAAUAUAAACUAGGUUGUGUUAUAUAUAUUUUUAUAGAUUUAAACCUUAGAUUAUAUUAUGUAAAUUUGGGAAUUGAGAAUGUCUGUGGUACGCAGCUGGAAAUUCUGUCCUACAGUACUACAGUUCUCAUUGCAACGUGUCUUCCCUGUGGCUCACCUAAAGAUUCAAGAGGGAAAUAACAGCAAGUACUUUUGUAGUUUAUUCUAUAGGCGAGCAUGGGGAUUUUGUACUCCCACCAUAAUUCCCUUAGCAAUGUAGCCAAAAGUGAGAGAUGACAGCUUCUGACAAGCCAAAAGGACUCAAUGUUUCCUAUGCUUGUUAUAAACUAAAGCUACUACAGUAGAGUCUCAUUUAUCCAACAUAAAUGGGCCGGCAGAACGUUGGAUAAGUGAAUAUGUUGGAUAAUAAGGAGGGAUUAGGGAAAAGCCUAUUAAACAUCAAAUUAGGUUAUGAUUUUACAAAUUAAGCACCAAAACAUCAUGUUAUACAACAAAUUUGACAGAAAAAGUACUUCAAUACAUGGUAAUGCUAUGUAGUAAUUACUGUAUUUACGAAUUUAGCACCAAAAUAUCAUGAUGAAUUGAAAACAUUGUCUACAAAAAUGCGUUGGAUAAUCCAGAAUGUUGGAUAAACAAGUGUUGGAUAAGUGAGACUCUACUGUAAUAAGUUAAUUGAAAGUUCACUUUGAAGUGAAGUAUGGAUUGGUUAUGCAUGCAGGUGUUCUGUCCAAUGCACUCUGGCAGAUUAGGAUUGUGUUUGUUGGUGCUUUCCUCGGGCCAACAUGUUCCCAGUGUUGACUCUGAACAAAAGCUCAGUAUUGUGUUGGAUUAAUCUUGUACUUUGGGUCUGUCUGCAGGAUGUUUUGUAAAUGUUGAUACCUAGUUUAUGGCUAACAGAGGGACCUGGUGUGGAUGAAUCAUUGGUUCUGUAUUACUGAGCUGAGUAAUAUGUGUAUCACGUCUAAACUUCUGGGGAAUUGUGUUCACAGAGCUUUGUAACCACCUAAAUGACCUCAAUGGAAGUACCAAUCCAGUUUCAGAUCUUUGUGUGAGUUAUUUCUGUGUGCCUGGGGAUUUGGGGGACAGGGAUUAUUUGCCGGUUCCAUUUUAGCUCAAUGCAUGUCCAAGCAAACUCCUGAACAGGGCUUCUGUCUGCUCCUUAAACAUGCUAGUCUACAAUUCCUGUAAACUGAAUCAGCAAGGACCAAAGUCUUGAUUAUGGUAGAGAUUUGUGAUCUGAUCUGCAGACAAUUUCUCACAAGUCAGAACAACUAAAACAACAGGUGUUAGUGCUGCUGGAGAAAAUGGCAUUAACCCUUCUAUCAGUGUUCCCUUGCCUGAAACCAGGGCUCUUAUUUUUAAAAGAUGAAAUCUCAUGACUGGCCUCCAACCAAAUGUUUAGCUAAUGGGAUUACAUCAGUGUGAAUCCAUGUACUUCAAACAGGAUUGGUUGCGAAUGAGAUUUUACUGGAAUAGGCGCUACAUUCAUUGCAGUUUGGGUUUAAUUCUGUUUUGAAUGUUAAGCUGUUCUUUGCAUUGCUUACAGUAGCAUAGUGUGUUUUGACUAGUAGGUUUGAUGUUUACAAGGUGGCGACUGUUGAUUGUAAACUUCCGUAUCAGUGCACCAAUUGCAUUGGUUGGAAGGCUUCUCUGUUUUGCUUAUGACAAUAAAUAGAAUAGUUGCCUUUCUUGACCCUGCCAAAGCUGUAAUGUGUGGGUAUUGACUAGUAAUGAGCAGUUUGUAGCAAGAUAAAUAUUGAACAGAUAUUUCUAACCAGGAGGUUUAUAUUUUCUGAAGAUAAUUUAUAAGGAAGGUUUUAUAUGCAAUUAUUGUAGUGUUGAUAUCAAUGUUUAUUCAGAUAUUCAUCAUAUAAUCGAAUAGAAUAACAAAUAAUAUAUUUUUAAGUGUCCCCCUUGCUUUCCGGGUCAGUAAAAGGUGUCUUUAAUGUCCUUUAAUGCUGCAUUUUUAUUUCGUGCAACAUUUUAAGCACAUGAGCACAACACAUGCCAAGCCUAUGACACAGACGAUUGUUUCCAUCCUGUCCAUACUUGGGGUUGCAUAGGAUGAAAAUCCAUGUCUGUUUUUUUCCCCAUAUGUAAAGACACGUGUUAGAAGCUCUGAUUGACAGUGUUUUGCUGUGGUACUUACAUGACGAACAACUUGUCAAAGAAUCAGUGCACUGCAACAAUAGCAGCAAUGGGCUUAGCUUGUGCAUUAUUUCCUAUAUGGAAAAUUAUACUUGGCAAGAUUGAAGUAGUUCUGUUCCACGAGUAAGAAAAUCUUAUUGUGACAUAUGUGGAUUUUAUGGUAUGCAGACCAAUCUUUGUUGUUUGCAUGCUUCUACAGAAAAGAACAUGAUUCGCUUUAAAUUUUCCAUGUAUGUAUGUGGCUACACUACUUUCUCUCAGUCACUAAUUUUCAAAAUUGGCUGGACCCCUUAAAUUUCAGCGUUGCUCUUUGCAAAUAGAUUAUAACACACUCAUAACUGACUACAGAGCAGUCCCUUGUGGGAAGUAAGAUGUUUCUUGGGAAAAGUUGCAUGCUUCCAGUGUUAUCUUCUGGAGGGGAGCAUAUGUUGUUUUAUGAACUCAGAGAACACAAUUUGAACCACGCCUCAGAAUUCAGUGAGUUAAUUCUUAUGGUUUGAUCACAACGUGGCAUUCUGUCAUUCUUGGGUUUUAAUUUUUAAUGAUAUGUUUAUAACAAAUUGGUAUUAAAUAGACUUGUUGGCAUAUAUUUACUCCUUACACAUCCCAAGCAGAACUGUACAAGGAAGACACAAUAUGCCAAUGCUCCAGAAGUCAAGGAUUACAUUAUUUCUCCUAGCAGCAGGUGGAAAUAAACACUUAUGACAAGAGGGAGAGAAUCCCGAUUUAGCACUUAAAUUGUUUAUGACCAAUUUUACUCACUCCUAAAUAUCUAGAAACAGUCUAGCUUUAAUUAAAGUUUAUUAGGAGCUACCCUAGUAGAAUUGGAGAGUUUAUAUGGGGGCAUCCACAUUACACAAAUCUGUUUUCAUAUCAGUUUCUUUAUGCUAACUUCCUGCAAAAAGUCUUCAGACUUUGAUUUGAUGAAGCUGCUCAGAAUUCUUCUCCAGAAAUCCUUGGCUUCGUCUCCCCACAAAUAGAGUUUCCAGGUUUUUUGAGAUGUUUGGCUAUGAAGCUAAUUUUCCAGUACAGAUGAGGUGCAGUAGAAUGCGAUCAAAAGGCUAAAUAUUGCCCAUACUUUCAAGGCUAUUAUUGUGGCUCAGCUUGGUUUUAAAACAUUGUCACUCUUGUUCUUCUCAGUUGUAGCAAAUAUAGCAUUCUCCUACUGAAGGGUGAGUCAUUGUGGAAGUGCUAGAAAAAGAGUUUGGAUGGACAAGCCAGAGGCUGGGAUAUGUAGCAGGGAUAGGCGCCCCAACCCCGCCAAAUGUUCUUGAACUGCAACUCCUAUCUGGCCUGGUGAGCACAGAAAGGGAUGAGAGACCAAGAACAUUAGGAAGAGCACUUGUUUUCAGUUCUGCUGUAAAGUCUAAACCUGGAAACUGGAGAGUCUGAGAGAAACAUGAGAGCCGCUUCUUUCCCGGCUGGCCUGGCUACAGGUCUUUCCUAAUAUUAAAAUUGAAUUAGCCCUAUUCACAGACACAUGGACUUCAUAUGUGUAACUAAGUAUAGGGAACAUAACUACGUAGCUGCCAAAGACUUAGACUGUAGAGUACGCUGUGAAUUGUGAAGCACUGAGCUAAGAUUUUGCAUGGGACUCAAGUCUUUACAUAAGCUAAGCAAUAUUUAGUAGCAGAGACCUUUUACACCCAUUCCUGAUUAUUCCACAGCACAAGGCAAAGCUGGUCACCUGGACUAGUCUGCCUCUUGUGUAGCGUUUGUGCUUUGCAGUAUGUGUGCUGGACAACUCGCUGAAGAACUGUACUAUUGUAUAACCAUUAGGGGAGCACUGUUUCCACAUUGUGUGCCUAAACAGAAGCUAGAAAUGCGUAUCACACUUGUUUACUUGUUCUUUCUCAAGCAGGGUCUGGUUGUGUACUUUACUUUUCUAGUUCUCUGCCUUGCAAACGACUUUUGCUCUUUGAAUAUCAGUCCUGAAAUGCAAUGAUUGUAACAUUUAUUUAUAUGACGUGCUUUUUUGUUUUGUAUUUAAAUAUUGGUUUGUCCUCAGAGUAUAUUCUUAGGGAAAUUCUGUAUAUAUUUUUGCUAUGUGUUUGUGUUUGGUUUCAUUUUGAUGUAUAUUUUGCACUGAUUUUAAAAAUCUGUAUCAAUUCUGUACCAAGUGCUUUGUGAGUAUUGGGCAACUGAUUAGAAUUUGUCUGUGACAAAUAUAACAGCUAUUUUCUCUUGUUCUGUGGA